UGUUAUAAUAUUCUGAAAAGUCUAUUUAGUUGUUUUAAGAAAAAUAAACUUUAUUAUCACAAAACUUUAUUUUCCAAAAGAACGAACAUCUGUUUCUCUCAGUGGAAUAAUUUCUAAGUAAUUCAAAUGUGAGAGGUAAAGAGACGAACAGAUUGUGAAUCCGCUUAUCAAGCGGGUUCUGCAUCAAGCGGUAAAAUAUUUAACUUGGUUUAUCUCUACAACCGUCUGCGCUACCGUGUAUGAUGACGUGUAGUACAGUCUGCAAAAUUAUAUAUUUUUAUUUUUUUUUAUUAAAUUAUGAAACAAUCUUUUCUGUAUAUCUAUAUUUGCGACUGAUGAAUUCUGUCCAUUAUUCCUAUUUUUAAUUUAUUUUUAGUUCUUUCGUAUAGCAUUGUUGCGUUAAAAACUAUAGCUUGUUACAAAAUUAAGUCCGAAAUUCAUUCGAUUUUAAGGUCACAAUUAUUAUAAUAAUUCCAUAACAAAAAUCGAGAAUAACUUCGUGGUGACGAAAAUUGUGCCUAGAACUGUCCCUCACUUUGGCGCCUCUUUAAACAUCGCAUAGAUAUCCCCGGUAAACAGGGACGUUAUCAUCAUCGUCAGGUAUUAUGUUCGCGAGGGAUACGAGCAAGAGAUACGCAGAAAGAACGAGAUAUAUAUACUAUAUAUCUAUAGGUAUAUAUAGACAAAAAGAGCGGAACAAGCAGGUAGACGCAGCGUGUGCAAAGGUGAGAAAGAGGUAGAGAAGUGGAUAACGGGUACGGGAGAAAGAGAGAGGCGAACGACUUUACAAACCUGCAUUCCUCUACUCCGCUUUUUCAAACGUGUACAAGCCGCUGCAUCGAGAGAGACCGGCCACUACUCGCAGUGCAUUCAAGUUCGACGCGAGCAGUUUACGUGCGCACGCAUAAUGCAGCUCGGACGAGCUCAAUGAAAUUGCGAUCAUCUUCCAUCCGUCGUGCGAAAUCGUACAACGCGAAUGUGAACACGACAUCGCCAGAAAUGGAAUCCGUAAAACUAGAAGACGGCGCGAGUAUACGUAUAGCAUGGAGCUUUCGAUUCCCAUCUAUGGGUACUCUGCAGAACCUAGGUACCAACAGCCGACGGCGCAAACGGAAUGGCCUCGCUUCGUCGGAUUCGUGUAAGGAUCUUCGGCAGAAGAGACACACGAUACACCUGCAGCCGGAAGUGAUCCUUCAGAAGGAACCGUGCUUGAUUGUGACUCCGCCGUCACCUGAGGAUCUUGUCGAAGAUAACUCGAGGACGCCGGAAGAAGACAGCGACGCGAGGGUGAAUCGCCGCGUAUAUCCUCCAAGUGAGCGGGAGUCACCCCCGACGAAAACACCCGAAAACAGCAACAACCUGUCUCCGCUGAUGGAGCCACCUGAGGAGACUACUCGCAAACUCUUGGAAAGAGAAUUGCGGCUUCUUGAUCCUCGAGAUCUACGAUCACACGCCUGGUACCAUGGCAGCACGUUGCGUGGUGGUCGAAAAGGUGCGGAGGCGGAAGUACCAAACGACGGAGAUUUUUUGGUGCGUGAUUGCGCCUCCCAACCCGGCAACUACGUUCUGACCGUACGAUGGAAGGGUCAACCGUUACAUUUUGUCAUCAAUCGAGUCGUAAUUCAGCCUGACACGGUUUAUGAAAGGGCGCAAUAUCAGUUCGAAGACGAGGCCUUCGAUACGGUCGCCGAUCUGAUAACCUUCUACGUUGGCAGUGGUCGACCGAUUAGCCAAGCCAGCGGGGCCCGAAUUAUCACUCCGAAGCCCAGAUCAGUGCCAUUGACAUGCGUUCCAGGACCUACGAGUAAUCAACACUGCUCUAGCCCUUCCUCCACCUCUCUGUCAACCGGUUCACCACCUCGUCUACCUAGAAAACAACAACGCAGCCACUCUCUAACCGCUCAGCAUCACGUUCCAGACCAACACAUCGCUCGGGACAGCAAUCAACAAACGGGACUGCAAUUACCUAUUCAGUCUAGUACUCUACCACGAAUACCACCAAUUCAGAACCAACCACCUUCUUGUUCUUUGUCGCUGGGUCGUCAGAAGAUCACCCGGGUGAUAUCAGAUCCAGCGUUGCAGCAACAGCAACAGCCACCGAGUCUGAAUCUUCAAAAUACCAUAAACACGGCGCCACCUAAGCCUCCUAGAGUGCCCUACGUGCCGAAUCAUCAGCAUCAUCACCAUCACCAUCAUCAUCACCACCAUCAUCAUCAUCAAAGCUAUCAAGCCUCCGGCAGUGAUAGUGGAAAUGGAUCAGGAGACAGUGAGUUUGAGACCAAUAAUUCUGGCGGCGCCAGCAAUCCCUCCUCUUCGGCGCCGAUCAAGGGCGUGGUCAUACGAAGCCAUUAUAACACCAGCAACGACGGUAUAAAUGGCAACAACAACAGCGAAUAUGAAUUAUCGGCAGAAGAACAGUUGGUGGUAGCUGCACCAUCUCUAGAAAUUACCACGGUGCUCGAUAUCGAGGGUUUUACGACAUUGCUAUUACCAACCGGCGAACACAGACCUCUGGACCCGACGGCCCUGAGAGGAGUCUCAGGAAUGUUAUUGGACUCGGCGCCAAGAGUGCUCGCCUCUCAUCUCACGAGGCUCGAUCUCGAAGUAGCACUUCAACCAGGACCAGGGAACAGAAGCGGAUUAAGCGGCAUCGAGCUGGCGACUCUUCCUCAUGGUAGACAAGCUAGAAUGGACCUGAUCGAAAGAUCCGAAUGCUUGAAACUGUUGGUAGCAGUCACUGUGCUAGCUGGCGCCACGGCUAUAGAAAGAGCGGCUACCAUCAGCAAAUGGAUCAAAGUGGCAAUUGACACUAAAACCGCGCUCGGCAAUCUUUAUGGCUUCUGUGGCGUUAUGCUCGGCCUAUGCUUGCCGCAAAUUCAGAGACUAGCCAAUACAUGGCACUUGUUACGACAAAAACACACGGACGAAGCUUUUAGCUUCGAAGCGAAAUUAAGACCUACUCUACGGGCUAUGAACGAGUGUACCAAUCCGCAGGCGCCUAAUACAACGUUACCACAUUUGCUACCGAUCGCGCUACUUGGCGAACGCGGUCCAGAAGAUGUUUUAGGCACUGUGGCACCUUUUGGACUGACGGCAGCGAUUCUUUCACCAUGGGAGAAUUCAGCAUCUGAUUGCGGCCUAUCGAUAGUCUGGUCGCACCUUGAGGCGGCUCGCAAGCUAGCCGACAGUCUACCGCUCUUUCGCAGGAACGCGGAAAUCGUCUUGGAAGGUUGUAGGAGCGACGAAUUGCUAUCGGACGCCUUCCGCACCGAAUUUCACAUCAAGUUCUUGUGGGGCAGUCGCGGUGCCACUGUCGCACCGGAAGAACGUCACUUAAAGUUUAUACAAGUCUUAGACGCAAUGUAUGACAAGUGUGCGGCGAGCGAAGUGACCGCUUGAAAAACAAACCAAAGGAUCUCAUGGAUCUGAAUGGAGAGAAGAGUCUGAAGAGAUGAUUCUCCACGCGUGAGAGUUUAGCCUCUCUCUCUCUCUUUCUCUCUCUCCAAGUGCUCGGUAGACAACACCGUCGCGAAUUUUUUUAGAUUUUUAUAAUAUAGUUGCGAAUGCGAUCGCUAACACGAUACUACAAGAAAUUAUAACAUCCUGUGCAUUAUAAUAAAACGGCAUCACCUUAUUUGCUAUUAUAAUCUCGAAUCGUAGAGCAUAUCCCCGAAAUAUCGAAUGUUUUUCCAUCUAAACCCAAUAUGCUUGUUCCAAAUCGUGUAAGCAUGCAACAACACCCAAAGAAUCGAUCGAGAGGCUUGAAGCCUACCUACGUAUCGUCAACUGUACUUAACUUUAAUUAACAAUGUAAUUCUAUAAUGUUAUGUUGUAAGUGUUGUUCAUAUUUGUUCAUACUUAAUAUACAAACUGAAAAAAUAUUA